UGGAAGGGGAACUUCCUCCUCCGUUCCAAUCGUCACCGCAGUGGUCUGACAGUCCUUUGUUUUCCUUUUGUAAUGGACGCACUAAGUGGCGGCGCCGCCGGAAACGGCGGGCUGUGGGGGUGGAAACGGCCGCCCUUGAACGGGAAGUCAUCGGACUCGAGCAAGAGGAGCUCGAAGCCCUCCGACUCCGCGGAGGCGGCCGGGAGGACCGGCUACCAGUUCCCGCUCAAACAGGCUUUGACGGCCGGCUCGCUUGCCCUAGCCGGCGACACGAUCGCUCAGGUCAGAGAGCGAUGGAGGCGGCGAAAGCAGCUUCACCGAGGCGCGGUCCCUGAAUCGGACAGCACUGAAGCUGAGGACGUCUUGCAGAUCCUUUUCUCAGAACAUGAUUGGCUUCGGUCCCUUAGGAUGACUUCCUACGGGUUUCUCUUCUAUGGCCCCGGUUCUUAUCUGUGGUAUCAAUAUCUUGAUAGGAGCAUGCCCAAACAAACAAUCCAGAAUAUAAUGCUAAAGGUCUUGCUGAACCAAAUCGUGCUUGGGCCUUGUGUUAUAGCAGUUGUUUUUGCAUGGAACAACUUAUGGCAAGGAAAGCUCUCACAGCUUCCUGAUAAAUACCAGAAAGAUGCUCUUUCCACGCUACUCUUUGGAUUUAGAUUUUGGAUUCCUGUCAGCGCGAUUAAUUUUUGGGUGAUCCCUCUUCAAGCGCGUGUGGCUUUUAUGUCCCUUGGUUCCAUCUUCUGGAACUUCUGCUUGUCCACAACUAUGAGCAAGUAGCUUCAUAUGCGAUAAGUUGUGAGAACCUCGACUUCAGCUGGAAAUAUUAAAGGGGACGAAAAGAUUCAUCUUUCACUUUCCAGGCUGCUUACGUACGCUUGAACGUGCACCGCGGGAGCGACCUCAGCAUGUUGUCUCAGAAAAUGAGGAUUUCUUUGAUUUAAGCGCAAGUCAAGCAUACUCAUCAGCUGAUUCAUUUCCCAAGUCGCUGCUUUGUAGAUUUCUAUUUGGUUUAGAAAGCUGAAUGGCUAUGGUGCUGCUACUGUGGACAGAUGCUGUAAUUUUGUGCAUCAACUCAAACAUGUCGCGUGUUGUCAAAUUGCUUUGCGGGGUCACGAACCCAUAGGCUAAAACGUGUACUUAUUCAGGUGUAUUAACCUUGAGCGGCCUAUCCAUUUAUAGAUGUUCUUCCUAUUUGUUUA